AAGAAAAAAAAAUCGUGCGAUCGAAUGAUUCAACUACCCACAAAAACAAAAAAACAAUCUUCAAUCCAAAAAAGACAAUUCCGAAAACAUGCGUGUGGUUCGGAGAGAUCUCAAGAUUCUUCCAUCCUAACUCCCUCGAUCUCUCUCUCUCUCUCGUGUCGAGACUGUUGAUUGAUUGCUCUCAAAUGGGUUCUGUAAUGAGCUUGAGCUGUUCCAAGAGGAAAGCAACCAGUCUAACUCAAGACGACGAACCUUCAAACUCAUCUCGCAAAAGACGAAAGACAUCAUCAUCAUCAUCAUCCUCAGACAACUACUACUACUGCAACAGAUUGAUUCCCAAUCUCCCCGACGAGCUAUCCAUACAGAUCCUCGCCAGACUCCCGAGAAUCUCCUACUCGAGCGUCCGGUUAGUCUCACGGAGGUGGAGAUCAGCUGUGUCCACCUCCGAGGUCUACGCUCUGAGGAGAGAGCUCGGCAUCACAGAGGAGUGGCUCUACGUGCUGACCAAAGGACAAGAGGAUAAGCUUUUGUGGUACGCUCUUGAUCCCGUCUCCACUAGAUGGCAGAGGUUGCCUCCGAUGCCUGUGAUCGUCUACGAAGAGGAGUCUAGAAAGAGUCUGUGGAGUCUCGUUAGCCGUGAGAUCGUAAAGAGCUUGCUCUUCGGUAAGAAAGACGCUUCUGAGCAGAUGCCCUUUUGUGGAUGCGCUAUUGGUUCCGUGGACGGGUGUCUCUACGUUCUCGGAGGUCUCUCGCGGUCUAAGACCGUGAGCUGUGUGUGGAGGUUCGAUCCGGUUGUUAACUCGUGGAGUGAAGUCAGCUCUAUGCUGGCGAACCGUGCUUACUCCAAAACAGGUGUGUUGGAUAAGAAGCUUUACGUCGUUGGAGGUGUUGAUCGCGGAAGAGGAGGUUUGUCUCCUCUUCAGACAGCUGAGGUUUACGAUCCGACCACUGAUCUCUGGUCCGAAGUCCCCAGCAUGCCUUUCACUAAAGCGCAGGUGUUGCCUAACGCGUUCUUGGCUGACUUGCUGAAGCCUAUCGCCACGGGGAUGACUUGUUACAACGGAAGGUUGUGCGUGCCUCAGAGUCUGUACUCGUGGCCUUUCUUUGUUGACGUUGGAGGAGAGGUUUAUGACCCCGAGACGAAGCUCUGGGCCGAGAUGCCGUCUGGUAUGGGUGAAGGUUGGCCCGCGAGGCAGGCGGGGACGAAGCUCAGCGUUGUGGUGGAUGGGGAGUUGUAUGCUUUUGAUCCUUCUUCGUCGAUGGAGAACGGGAAGAUUAAGGUUUAUGAUCAGAAGGAAGAUGCUUGGAAAGUUGUUAUAGGGGAAGUGCCUAUUUAUGACAUGACGGAUUCGGAGUCUCCUUAUUUGCUUGCUGGGUUUCAUGGGAAGCUUCAUUUUAUUACUAAAGAUCCUAAUCGUAAUGUUACAGUGUUGAGAGCUGAUGUACCUGACGUCAUAUCAGGCUCUUCAUCAUCGUCGGGUAGCUCUAGCUCUAAGUCUGUUUUGGGUUCAUGUUCUUUUAAGGAGAAGGGCAAUGUAGCUAACAAGUCAGACACUGUUAUUUGGAAAGUCAUUGCGAGCAAGGACUUAGGUGCUGCUGAGCUUGUUAGCUGCCAAGUUAUAGAUAUAUGAAAAAAGAAGCAAAGAGACUUUGCUCAUUGACCGACACUGAGAAAAUUCUGUGUGUACAGCCAAAGUUUGAAGCUCUAUGAUGUUAUUCCCAAAGAUAUUUAUAAAAGAAUAUUACUAUAAUUCUUCCAUGAUGAUAUACAGAUUCUGUAUACUUCUUCUUCUGGCUUUGGCUGUGUCAUGUAAGCUUGAGCAAUAAAAAAAGUUGUGUAACAAUAUAUAGUAUGGGCCUCUGUUUUAUGGA